AUGAGUAGUACCUACUGUGGCAACUCCUCAGCUAAGAUGAGCGUCAAUGAAGUAUCAGCUUUUUCGUUGACUCUGGAACAAAAAACUGGCUUUGCUUUUGUUGGGAUUUUGUGUAUCUUCUUAGGACUUCUUAUUAUUAGAUGCUUCAAAAUCCUGUUAGACCCGUACAGUAGCAUGCCUUCCUCUACAUGGGAAGAUGAAGUUGAAGAAUUUGAUAAAGGGACAUUUGAAUAUGCACUUGCGUGA